CUGCGGAGUGUUACUAGAUAUCUUUGCAGCAUGGUCUUGUUUGGUGACCUAAAGAAGGGCAGUUUCUUCAUACGUUCUUUCCAGCUACAGUCAUUAAUCAGGACUGAACUCGUGGGUUAUCUGAUCUUCUGUGGUUUUUAGAAGCAGGAAAUCCAGGAGCUGGCAGGAGGGGAAUGAACCGUGAGGGCGUCCCCGGAAAGAGUCCGGAGGAGAUGUAUAUUCAGCAGAAAGUGAGAGUCCUACUCAUGCUGAGGAAGAUGGGAUCAAAUCUGACUGCUAGUGAAGAGGAGUUCUUGCGCACAUAUGCAGGUGUAGUGAAUAGCCAACUUAGCCAGCUUCCUCAACACUCAAUUGAUCAGGGUGCUGAGGAUGUUGUGAUGGCAUUUUCCAGAUCAGAGACAGAAGACAGAAGACAGUAACUACAGGAUACCUGAACAACACAGAACUGGAGAGGACAGUGAGAUUGCUGAAGAUAGAGGAGGAUGGCUGAGCAUUAAUAAGUUCCUUUGUCCACCCUAAUUGUUCCUUGGUAUUCCUUCUCCUUUGUAAUUGUUUCCCUUUGCCCAACCCUCAGAAUGCAUCUCACAGCCGUCUAUUCCUGUAAGUUUUUGCUGCUCAGCUGGGCUGUGUUAAUUAAGGGCAAACCUAAAGGUGUAUUUUUGAUUGGCUCAGAGGGACAGGCUGAGAUUGGCUAAAGGAAGACAAUUUUUCAAACUUGACCAAUGAAAACCUUUUAUCUCGCAUUUUAUUUUAUAUUUUAAAGAAAGUCUCUUGACAUCCUACUUCUAAAGAAGCUUUUCAUGCUGUGGUGCUUAUUUAGGUCAAACUUGUGAAUUUGAAGAGGGUUUGAUUUGGCUGCAUAGAACUGGAAGCAACUUGUGAUUGGUUGACAAUGCAAACGCUUUCUCUUCAGUUGGCUUGCAGGUAUUUUGCUGACUUCGACAUUUUCAUUGCAGAAAGCUGAUGUUUUGGUGCAUUGGUUAUUUCUUUAUACUUACUGACUUGGGGGAAAAAGACAAAUGUGCUUUGCAAUAUUUAUUACAUCUACACACGUAUAAAUGCUUGCUUUUUUGGGUUUGUUUUGGUUUUUUGAUUGGCUUUGAAAUCAUGUUUUUGAUUUCCUGUUGGCUGCAGUGUUUCUGAUGCAAUCAGUUUUUCCAUGCUCAUCUGCUCUGUGGCCUCAAGCUCUUUUGGGAGCAUGUGUCGAAAGCAUAUUUAGUUCAAUAAGUCUACCUGUUUAAGCUGGAACAUGGAGAUCACCAGCCGUUCUGUGCUACUGAGCAGGCUGUACUGUGAACUCCUGGUAGACCCAGCUGUUCAGGUGGCUUCUCUCUUUGCUUCUGACAGAGGAGCUGUAGAUAUUUUGCAGGAAUUGCAAGAAUGAGAUCUAUGGCUGUGACAUGAAUUUGCCAAAUUUGUAUAGAGAAUAUGUGAACUUGUUUAAAAUACUUCAUAUAGUUCCACUUUAACCCUUUAAUUGCUGCACAAGACUAGCUCUCACAUGAGAAAAAAAUUAAUGAUCAUUAACUUAAAUCCAGCUUGCACUGGGCUUUAAUGAACUAAGUUUUCAGUCACUUGAAAAACUCUAUGUGGUUUGGCUCCUUGCAACUGUUCAGUGAUAUGGAAAUUGUCUGGAUCUUAAGAUAAUACCAUUUUCUUUAGGCACGGUUCCGAGAGGCAGUAGCGCUGCAUUAAGCUGUCCAAUAGUGAGUGUACAGGUGACACUCUCAGGUUUACUCUCUUAGUAGUUGCAGGGCCUUAAAACACACAGACGCACAUUUGCAAACUGAAAAACCUGCAGUGAAAUUCCCGAAGUGCACUGACUGUUCAGGAAUCUGCACGUAAAAUUUCUAUCUCUGCUGCCUAAACCCCAGCACUUCAUUUUCUUUCAUAUGCGCAGGUCAUUUUUACAGUACUUCUCUAUUUUCCUCUGGGUUGCACUGACUUUAAGAUGUUUCAAGAUCUAUUAAAGCAGAACUCAUUCACCUGUUCCUGGUUCCUUUCAUAUGGUUGUUAAUUAUUUGAAGUAACAAUUCCAGAAUCUGACUGUGACAACAUGACCGUUUUCAUGGCAAGAAAUUAUGAUGACAGGAUGCUGUUAUGGUCUCAAAAUGGGGAAGAAGCUUGAGAGAACCGUGGAAUGUACGCAAAAGGAAGAAUGGACUUGUGAGCACAAGGAGGGAAAUUAUCUUGAGUAAAUAAAUACUGUGCAAUGAGAACAACUGUACAUCUAUUUAUGAAAAAGAUUCUUUUGAUUCAGUUGCAGCUUUGUAAAGUUCAAUGUGAAAGGAAAUCUUUUACCCCUGUUUGUUGGGGCCAGAUAAGAAAUUCCUUUAUUAAAAUAAACCAGGAACGAGCCCAAAAGAUUCUUUAAAUUUUGACCUGGUUGCCUAAGAGGCACUUUAAUUUUAACUUUGGUGUAAAGGAGGCAGCCCUUAAAGGGUUAAUUUAAGGGGAUACGUGUGUUUCUGGCUGCUGGCUGGAAAGAAUGGGCUGGAUUGUGGUGGCCUGUCAUUGUCAAGCUAACAUGCAUCCUCCAUGUGUAUCUAUGGCAUUUCUGAGCUGUUAAAUCUUUUCAAGGAGAAAAGUGAAGUGUUUAUGUGGUUUAAUCUUUUCACUAAAAAUGUAACUGUUGGCAGGGGGGGAAAUACAGUUUUUAAUAGCUACUCUUGUUUCUU